UGUGACUCGCCAAGCUUUUGCCCAUCGAUCGCCACGAGCUUAUCGGAAUCGCGAUCUGAUCUGAAAAGUGGGAACGCAGCGCAGAUAAAUUAAUUAGCAAUUAGCCAGUGCAAACAGAGUGUUGUCAGCCGACUAGAAAAAGCAGCUGAGCUGAUAGUUCCGCCUGUGGCCCCCGCGCUUUCGCCCUGCAUCGGAACGAAACCAAAAUAAACAAGCGAGUGAAAGGCGGUGGAGAAAGAGCGCGGGAGAGUGAGCGCGAAGAGUAGUCCGUUGGGGAGGAGGCGGAGGAGGAGCGGACAACGAGGCAGAAACAAAAGCACAAACGGCGGACAGAACCAGUCGAAACAAAACAACAAACCGGAGCGGACGCACUCGAAAAAAGCGAAACGAAUUUAUUUCUGUGCUUAGGGCGACACUGUGUGCGUGCGCCACUGAUUGUGAGUGUGUGUGUUGUGUAUAUUUAAACAAUAUUCAAAAAAUCAUACGCCAGACGAAUAAAAAACGCGACGAAAACGAAGGCGAAGAUCUCCAUCUCCUCUCGCAGCGGAGCAGACAGAUAAAUAAAAACAGAAUCCGAGACAGCAACAACAACGCGACUGUGACGCGGCAAGGUGCUGGAGGUCACUCGGUCCAUUUCGCACCGCACUGAAGUAUAGAAGUUUAGCAGUAAAGCACCACCCCCUUCUAACCAGUUUCAGCUUCAUCCGCCCGCAAAAAACAAAAAAAAAACAAGCACGCGCGAUCGGAAAACUCGAAAAAAUCUACAGAGCAGCACAACUCACGCGCUUCAUCGUUUUAUUGCUCGCCGCCCUCUCGACUGAUAAACGUCAGUUGAUAAAUAUAUAUCGCAUCACAUCGCAUCCACACUAAAACAAAUACGCCAGCAAACAAACACCAAUUAUUCCAAUAAAGCCAGCGCCAAGUGCGAAUGCGCCCUCGAUUUGUAUGCCAUCAGCAGCACUCGGUGGCCCAUUCCCACUACCAGCCCCACUCCCACUUCCAUCACCAUACCCACCGCCAUCCCAAUCCGCCCCAUCACCAUCACAUUUACGGCGCCACUGACGUCAGUUAUCGGCGUUAUCGCACCGCUGGCAUGGUGGUGGCCGAGGGAGUUAUGGACUCCGGGUCGGGAUCGGGCACGGGAACGGGCUUGGGGCACUUCAACGAGACCCCAUUAUCCGCACUGGGCAUCGAGACCCGCACCCAGCUGUCCCGCAUGCUGAACCGCAAGAAGGUGCUGCGAUCCGAGGAGGGCUACCAGCGGGACUGGCGCGGCAUCUCGGAGCUGGCCAAGCAGAAGGGAUUCGUCGACGAGAACGCCAACAAUCCCAUGGAUCUGGUGCUGAUCAGCUGGAGCCAGCGGAGUCCCCAGACCGCCAAGGUGGGCCAUCUGGAACACUUCCUGGGCAUUAUCGAUCGGUGGGACGUCUGCGACGAUAUCCAGGAGAAUCUGGCCAAGGACACCCAGCGCUUCAUCAUGAAACAGGAGCAGCGACAGACUGCUCUCGUGGAGGCGUGUCCGCCGCCCCCCAGCGACUGCUUCGAGACCAACAACAACUACAGCAGCAGCAACAACAUCACAGUGGGCCAAAGUGUGCAGAUCCUCAGCGACGAGGACCAGAGAUGUGUACAGAUGGGCCAACCGCUGCCCAGAUACAACGCAUGUGUUCUGUACGCGGAGGCAGACAUCGAUCAUGCCACCGAGAUCAUGAAUAAUCUAGAGUCUGAGCGAUACAAUCUCAGGCUAUUCCUGCGCCACCGCGACAUGCUAAUGGGCGUUCCGUUCGAGCAUGUCCAGCUAUCCCAUUUCAUGGCCACCCGCUGCAAUCACCUGAUCGUCGUGCUCACAGAGGAGUUUCUUCGGAGUCCGGAGAACACGUACCUCGUGAACUUCACCCAAAAGAUCCAGAUUGAGAAUCACACUCGCAAGAUCAUACCGAUUCUGUACAAAACGGACAUGCACAUACCCCAGACCCUGGGCAUUUACACGCACAUCAAGUACGCCGGGGACUCCAAGUUGUUCAACUUCUGGGACAAGUUGGCUCGUUCCCUACACGAUCUGGAUGCCUUUUCGAUCUACUCCACGCGCCAGGUGCAGACUCCCUCGCCGGUGGAGGAAUCGGCUCCCCGGGUGACCACUCCCAGCAUUCGGAUUCAGAUCAACGACAAGGAUGUCACUGAUAUGCCAAACUACAACAGCUGCAAAGUGCCGGAGGCGGAGACCACAAUCGUUUCGGUUUCCGGUGACACCGGCUCACCCCUGCCGGAGCACAAGCCGAAGAAAAAGGAUCGCUUCCUGCGCAGAAUCACGCACAGCUUUGGAAAGACGGCGCGGAGCGAUGGGGCCAGCGGCAAGACUCUGCGUCAUGCCCACUCCGUCAGCACCAUAAAUGUCACGGAACGCGAGAGGACACUCAGUGCCAGCAGCUCCAACAUCUCCACCACGUCGGAGAGCAAGAAGAGCUUCAUCAAGUGGCAGCCGAACAUCCUGAAGAAGGCCCUAUUCUCGCGAUCCAGCAGCAAGCUGCAGACGCCGGGCUGAGAUCAUAGUGUUAGGAUAGCCAUUCAUUCGAUUUCUCGAUUCUUUGAUUCCUUGUCGUGUGCCCAGUCUAGUUGUGGCCGCCCAGUCACCAAUGUCGUCACCCUCCAUGCCUAGUGAUAAUCUUUAGCCUAAUCCUUAUCAAGUCAACUAACUUAAUAUACUUAGACGCACUUGUUAACUUAUAUAAGACAACAACGAAUAAAGACAAUACCACAUAUCCGCACAAAUGUAUCACAAAAGCACACAGACUACCAAAUACGACACGAUAUUGCUAUAUGCUCUAUGUAUAUGACUCUGGACUUGAUAAACAGACAAAUUGGCAAUUGCGUUGAGUGAGGUUAAAUACGCGACACUGCUAAUCGAAGUGCUCAAUUAACUGUUAGUCACGCGUUCGAUAAGUGACUUACUUAAUUUAAUUAUCUCGCGCGCCGUUCUCGCAACUCAGACCCCAUCUGAGAAUGAGUAAUGAGCAUAUAUAACGCAUACGUACAUAUGGCUGCAUUGUGCGAGCAGUGCUUUAUCAUUUUGUAAACUGCUCAAGCCGUUUUAGACGAUUGCUAGCAAUAAGUAAACUGUUUGUUCUCGGUACCGCCAUCGGCUGGUUGCCUCAUGUGAUUAGCUCUAGCCUAGCUGUUACCGAUUGUUACUGAUUGCUGUGAAUGCGUGCCCAUAUGCCUGAUGUGCACCUAAGCACACUCACUUGUUAUAAAGCAAAGACUAUCAAUACGUCAUCCAUCAUCACAUCGUCUCUUUCAAUGUAUCUAGAGUCUAUAUAGUAUUAUAUGUAUCUCCGGACAGUGCGUUUCAAAACCAUAUAGAGUCGAUCGACAACCAUAUAUUAUGUCCAACUUUUGUCAAGCGACAACGAAUGUGGAUAAAACGCAAUAUACAUAUGUUCCUCAAUGUCGGGCAUCGAACGCUCGAACUUCGACCUUCGCGACACGUGGCACUUGGCGGUCAUGGUUAUGAAACGCACUGUAUCCAUAUCGGAAAUAAGCUAGCUCCAGUUGAGCGGCAAUAAACUGUUCAAUGUUUGGCUCAAUAAUUUAUUGUUGAAUGUAGACAACCUUU